UACGUCAGAGCAAGUUGUGUUUACAGCUACACGAGCCGUUAGCGGGGGCUAAACGCUAGCUUAGCAAAGACGCCUAACCUAACACGUCUCUCAUGGUGUUGUACGAGUUCACUUGGCGUCUGCCGCCCGUGGUUGGCCCAGUUCUUGUAUAAGAAAUGCAGGACAGGUAUAGCGAGAUUGGCUUUGCACAGCAAAUUCUGAGUUUGAAUUUGGUGCCGAGGAAAAAUGGCUCCAGCCGAGGUAACGACACGUCUCUCGCCGACUUCUCAGAGAUGUGGUAUGGAGUGUUUUUGUGGGCAGCAGUCUCCUCUCUGGUCUUCCACCUGCCUGCAGCUCUCCUGGCCCUCGCCACUUUGCGCCAACACAAGGUGGCACGGUUUAUUCCGAUUGCCAUCCUCCUUAUGGGCAUAGUGGGGCCUCUGUGUGGAGGUGUACUCACCAGUGCAGCCAUAGCUGGUGUGUACAAGGCAGCAGGGAAGAGGAUGAUCUCUUUGGAGGCGCUUGUUUUUGGUGUUGGACAGUCUUUCUGCAUCGUCAUCAUCUCCUUCCUCAGAGUAUUGGCCACCCUUUAGCAGUAGGAAAGCCUGCCUGGUUUGACGGAACACAAUCAGGGCAGGUUACUUUGACCAAAGUUUCUGCUGGUGGGACACGAGACUCCACUUUGUGGCUCAAGACAAGAACACUUGAAAUUCACCUGGCUCCUAUGGACACUUGCAAGCCAGUAAGGCUAAGACAAGGAGAAGAUGCCAUCAGACUGAGGGACAUAAACAAACAAUUUCCUUUAACUGUUUUUACUCAAACAUCAAGGACAUAGUAAAGGAAAGAGCAACAAGCAGAAUGAACUUUUCACCAAGAGACAAAUCACGGUAAACUGCUUUGUUGUAGAACACUAAGCCCAUGUCAGUCUUUAAAGUCAGGGAUGUCCUCAGAAUUUGACUUUGACUCUGGCCUUCCCUGUGGCAGUGGGCUACAGGGUAACAGUAAGAUGAUGUUGCCCCAAAAGGCCUUGUGCCCCUCUGAGGGCACAGUGCCCUCACACGGGCACCCUAGCCAUUGAAAAACUGCCCUCUCACGGUCUCUAGGUCUGUCCCUCUUCACUGUCUGUUUCACUCUCUUGGUCUCUCUUUCGCUUCCCCAAGGACCUUGUCUGGUAACAAAUGUACUCCAGUGACAUGCAACAAAUGAGACAUAAAGGCAGGCAGACGUGUAUAUGGACUGUUAAGACAGGAAUAUGACAGAUAUAUGCAAGAUUUUGUUUUGUUUUCUAAGAGGUAUUAAUAUAUAUCUAUAUAUAUAUUUUCUAAGCUGAUUCUUUUCCCAAAGUGGUAUAUAUUCUCUUCAGGGCUCUCUCUCUCUCAUGUUUGUUUCUUAAGAUCCAUUGCUCUACUCCCCUCUGCUUUCCCUUCCCCUGCUUCUCUGUAGAACUUUCUUUUGCUGGGAUUUUAUAGUUUUGUUUUGUUUUUUUCCGCCUUACUGCAAUCAUCUGGUUUGCAAUCAUUGGUGAUGUAUAUCAGUCAAUGACUGACUGAAUCAGUCACUAACACCUACCAUGUUCAUUUCACAUCCUAGGAUCUGCUUUUUUUUUAAGUCAGGAUUUCAAUUUUUUUGUUUCUUUGUUGCCCUGCCUUCAUGCCUUUUAAAAAGGUAUAACUUCACCUCACUGUCAUGUGGUUUCCUCAAAGGAUACCUUUUUAAAUACAUUUUUUCUUUCCAUUUCUCUCCAGCAGACAUUUGUCUUUUGCCAUAAAAAAUGUCCUUUUUUUCCAGUGAGAGGUUCUUAUUGAUUCCUAUUUUUUGAUAAUUCAUUUUCUCUACAUGUGUGCUCAUAGUUAUAUUUAGUUUCCCCACCACAAGUUGGUGGAGAAACUAAGUGGAUUAAAUUCAGAAGUAAAGAUAUUCCUUGAUCAUUGAUGCAAUAAAAGAGAGCAGGCCUCAUUGAUUGUGAA